UUCAGCUUCACAUUCACAUUCACAUUCACAUCUUGGUGAAGCAUGAGCCGGACCAUCUUUCUCCUGUCCUUGGUCUUCCUGAUCUGCAUGGCUUUCACUGAGGGCCAACGGAUGUUCAUAAGCAAGCGAUGCCUGUGCUCCAGAACAUAUGACAGUCUGCGGCCUGGAAACAUCAAGGAGUGGAAAGUGCACAAACCAAGUGCAUUCUGUGACAACACUGAGAUUGUUGUGAUUUUGAAGAAACCUCAUAUUAAAGUCUGCCUGAAUCCUAAAUCGCCACAAGGAAAACAAGUACUAUUGAAUUAAGACACUCACACCUGGACAGCUGAGCACCAAGUAGCCUACACACCAGAUUAUCCAUCAGAUGACUAUAAAUGUUCAGGGUCCCUUUUGUGAUUGUAAUUUUGGAAAUGGUCUCUCAAUAAAAUUGAUUUAUUAAAAAAGAUCCUUCAAUUCAGAAGAUGAAGACGCUUCAAUUCAGUUUAAAUUACUUUAAAGUAUUACUUUGACGUACUGUAUUAUAAGAAGGAGAGGCAUAAAAGGAAUUAGACUGCCAGCACAAUCUGCUGUUUCACAUGCAGUGCCAGUCUGAAUGCUGUCAUUGGUCAUUUUUAUGUAAUUUCGCUGUUACUAUUGUGUACUUUUUAAAAAAAAAUUUUUUAAGUUUGUAGACUGUAGGACAGUGUUUUCCUCACACUUAAUUAGAACGAAUGAAUGAAAUUAUGAGUCUGAAUUUAUUUGUCAUUAUUUUUUUAUUUUAUUUAUGAUGUUCUUUGGAUUUGACCAGAUUGUUUUUAUGAAAUAUCCUUUCAUGCCAAAUUAAGGAGGUCUUAGGCAUUCAGUAGGGAAACCCACAAAUCUUGGAAUCUGGUCAACCUAUAUAUAUCUGUAACUGCCAUUAGAACUGCCUUGCAUGGUUUUCAAUAAAGAAGCCUAGAAAAAUUAGAAAAAAAUAUUGUCAAAGAAUAUGUUGAUGUAAUGUUUAGUCAGUGUUUGAUAUUGAAUGUUUAUUUAUUUUAAACAGAAAGUUUUAUGUAUAUUGUGCAAAAUGUUGUAUUACAUUGUAAUACUUUAUUUUUAAAACAAUCUAAAACAAGUUGAAUUAAAAAAAUAAACAUGUCAGAAUGUCUUAUUAUUUAGUUUGUCUGCUUUUGCUUUAAAGGAUUAGUCCACUUUUAAAUUAAAAUUUCCUGAUAAUUUACUCACCCCCAUGUCAUCUAAGAUGUCCAUGUCUUUAUGUAAUUUUUUUUUUUUUAAAUGUAUGCGCUUUAUAUAAACAAAUGAUCGCCUUCCAGUGGUUCCGCCAAAACCGCACUUCUGUAUUCUUCAAAAAGCUUACGCUGUAUGUCCUACGCCUUCCCUAUUCUACAUACGGAAAAAAAAACGGAACCUGCGACGCGUUCGUUCCGUAAGUUGGAUGACAUGGGGGUGAGUAAAUUAUCAGGAAAUUUUAAUUUAAAAGUGGACUAAUCCUUAAUGAGAACAGUUCUCAGACUGAAUGAACUCCAAAAGUUUGUGUAAAUCCUUAUGAUCAUGUUCUCCAGAUUUGAGAUGAUUCAUAGAGCAUCUUGAGCUUCAAUGGAAGAACAUCUUUUUUUAUUUUAUUGAACUAGAAAUGUGCAGAAUCAGAAAUAUUUAUUAUUUGUGUUGUUCUUGUAAUUUUUUCCAAUUGUUGGAUUAUGCCCCCUACUGGUCAUCAUUUAUAAAGGCUAUGCAGUGCAAUACCAGCACAAACUGCAUCCUACAGUAUUUCAAUAAAUGAACCAUAUUGUCUUCAAAGAGGAUUUAAUAAUGAUAGAUCCAGGGUGUUAAACAAGACUCUAAGUCUGUGAUAAGUUUGUGGAAAUAGAAAAGUAAACAAAAAAGUCUAUAAGGAGUAAGAGUGACCAUAAAUUAGCCAAUGGCCUGUGCUCCUAAACCCUAAAUUGCUCAUUAUGUUUUAAUAUACUUUAUGUGAAUUAAGACAAUUUCUCUAAGAAAGAAUAAUAAAAUUUUUGAAGGCCACCACAACUGCCAUAUUAUGAUUAUGUUUCACUGCCAUAUUAGACCAGUAGAUAGCACUAAAGACCAUUCAGGUUUUCAUUUUGCGGUAGUAAUUCAGGGCGGAAGAUAGACAGAAGUUCUUUCUUGAGUUUUUAAUUUCAGGCAUAGCCUACAAGAUAUAUGCAAUAUAUGUGGCAAGGUCCAGAAUGAGGCACUUCUGGUAACAAAGAUAACAUGUCUCAGAAAAGCUUAAAAUGAACCAAAGCCAAAAAGGUGUUGAACACCACAGUCAAGCUACUUCCUGAAACUUACAUUUGCUCCUGUGGAAAUCUUUGGAUUUCUUAUUAAAUGAAAUUAUACAGUAUGGAAAGCAUUUUGUUACAUUAGAAAAUGGUAUUUUAUGGAAGUUUAUUAAUGCCAAAAGUAUUUGAAUUAAAAAAGCCUGUUGAAUUGCACUAAACGAAAAAAAUGUGCAUUGCAUUAACCGUAUUUGCAUUUUAAUGCAUUGUAUUUUUAGGGCUUGCAUUUUUGUGGGCUGAAAUUCAACAUGGUCAUACAUUUAUGCUGUGAAUAUUUCAAUUCAAAACAUUUCACCCUCAUUUUCAUUAUUAAAAAUUCAAAGAUUCAUAUUCACCUUUCAGAUUUAACUUCCAACAUAUUCAGUCUGUUUAAAAAUACAACCUAAAAUAUUCAACAGGCAAUUUUCGGUCCAUUUUAUUUCAAUUUAUAAAUUCGCUUCCACAAAUUUAGUGGUUCAAAUUCGACAGAAAAUUAAACAUUGGACAUCCAGGAACUGCAGGAAUAGCUUGAUCUCCAACUGCUGUUAGUCGUCCUCAACAGCAGGUGCCGCAAACGGCUGUUAACGAAGACCCAAACAACAGCUAGAGAAUCAUUCAUUCACAAAAACGGAUUCAUUCAUUUCACUUAAAAAAUGAAUUCACUUAAAAAUAAUGCAAACUAAGGUGACACUUACCAUAGAGACACGUCCUACUCCAGUCGUGAUUGUGAAUCAGUUUCUGGUUGAUCGACUACUUCAGACGUUUCACCGUCGGACUCGGGCUCGAAAUGAUACAGUAAAAUCAAUGCUAUCUGUUCUGUCCAUACAUUGUAUACAAUGUCUUGCUAAUUGAUAGCUGUCAUUCAGUUAUAGCAAUAUGUGCGCAGUAGACCAAUCACAAAAGACUGGGCCAUCUGACCAAUCAAAGCAGUGUAGGCUCACGGAAAGGAGGGCUUUAGAGAGACUGAUUCUUCAAACUGCUUACGAAUAAUUGAGAACUGAGGUCCUUUUCAAAUUUUACUUGAGAGAAAAGUACUGAUUGAUGAAUGUUUAUUUUGUAAUUUUAUGUAGGCCACUUCUAUAAUUUAAUUUUAUUAUAUAUUUUAUAUAAUCCUAUUGCUCAAAAUAAUUAUGAAUGAUUAUGAAUUGUCAAAUAGCCAGCACUAGUCAGUAUGGAUGGAAGAUUAGUGGAUGCAGAUACAUAAUAUGUAAUAUGUGUUGACAAACAAUAUAAAAACAGAAGAAACAUAUAGGGCUAAAUACAUAACAUUUUAAAAAAUUGCUGCAGCAGUGGGGAAGAUGAACGUGCAUGUGUGUUAUUUUAAUGUGUGUUUUAAUUCUGGAUAAAAUGAGAAUCAAGAUUUUUAUUUGUUUCUUUCAAAUAGAAAUCAUGAUUCUCCCAUGAUUCUGAAUAGACAACUGAACAAAAUUGUGUGUAAUUAAUUAGAGGACAAAAUAUUAAUUGCUGCAGUCUAUUUAAAAAUAAACACAAACAAACAGAUCCAACUCUGAAAUGGCAGUUUAUUAUUGAGUCAACAAGAAUUUACAAACAAUGUGAAAUCUACGUUCCCUUUCGAUACUACACUCGUACUGCGUCGUUAGUCUUAUUAUUAUAUGACAAGACGCUAUGGGGAAAACUCCUUUUUUCUCAGAUUUCUGAAGCCUUUUUCAAUCACGCAGUGAAACUGCACGGUCAUUGGUUUGUGGAGUUGUAAGUAAACAAGCCCGCUCGAGCCCACCAAAAGAGGCAGGGUAUCGGGCUAUAUAAGCGGCCGUCUCACCUUGGCAGACUGAUUCAUUCUCCUUCAGCCACGCAGAUCUCAUCUCUUCGCUUGAUCCCGAGACUUAAAGCCGCCUUCAACUGCAAGCAGCUGGAAUUCACCGCCGAUCAGCUCGCCGCUCUCUAGCAGCCGCGCCCAUGAGCAGCCUGCAGCUCUGAUAAGCUCGCCGCUCUCUUGCAGCUCUGAUCAGUGCACCGCUUCGGAUGAGAGUGAGCUCACGUCGGCUCAGGUCCUGCGUGCCUCACUCUCUCCACAAACAGAGGUUUCCCCCGUCUGUUUCUCCCGCCCGGACCAGCGCCCCCUCUGCCAUCGCGAGCAACCUGGUCUCGUUUGGGGGAUCUGAUGAAGAGCCACUGGAUGACAGCAUGUCCCUAGUGGCCUCGGAAGCUGAGGAUUGGUCAGGCUCACCUCACGACCCCGCCCCCUUGCCGUCUCUCGAGCCUAUCGACGCCAGGGCUUCCGUAGACUCAGAGCUCAUCCGUGUGUACUCAAAGGCUGUCGAACAGCUCGGUUUAGAGUGGUCUGCGCCUGAGGAACUCACACGCAGCCGCUUAGAUGAGUGGUUCCUGCCAGGACGCCAUCAGGCCCCUCCUCAGCGGGGGCGCGCCCCACACUCUGCCCGCCUGCGUUCUUCUGCCUCUCACAUUUUCACCUCUGUUGACGAUGCCGAGAAGAAGGGAUAUGUGAAGCUGCCUCCUUUGGACGAGGCCGCACACCUGUGCCCGCCCGCUGCCAUUGGAUGGAAACGAAACUCGUCCACCCAUCCGAGCCCUGCCGUACAAUGUCGGCCCUCGCUGGAUGGGUGUACACCUUGGCCGGCCAGGCAGCGUCUUCCCUGCACUCAGUGGCGGUACUCCAGGUGUACCAGGCUAAGCUCCUGCGGGCCCUGUACGAGGCGGGACACAACUCGACCAAUUUUAAGGAGCUGCGCAGCGCCACGGACCUGGCCCUGCACGCCACGGACAAAAAACGUCUUCCUCGACUCGCCUGUCUCCCCCACUGGUCUCUUUGACCCUGCCGUAGAUGGGUUUGCUGAGCACUUCACAGCCACACGAAAGUCGUCCCAGGCCAUGCAACACUUUCUGCCAAAGCGCUCCCGCUCUUCUGCUUCUAGCCGACCCAAGCCUGUGUCAGCUCAGCAGCCACCCAAAGCUACGCCCACGCCACGGCCUGAUCACCGGCAGCGCUCGCGCUCCGCUAGGCGCCACCCCCCGGUCACCGUGAUUUUGCCAAAUAAUACAUGUUUCUGGAUCAACAUAUUUUGUUGAUCCUGGAACAACAUUCCAGUCUGAAAAUUUAGUCUUAACCCUAUUCCUACCCCUAAACCUAAUCCUACCCAUAACUUAUCCCUAAAAUCAGAGGGGAAAGAUAGGUGAAUAACAUUGAUGUAGAAGCACAAGCCUAGAAGCACAAGAUGUGGUUGCAAGCCUAAACUUGACAUAAACAGUAAACUUGUCCCUCAAAUCUGAUUGGUUGAUUGGAAUGUUGUUCCAGGAUCAACAAAGAUGUUGAUCCCGGAACAUGUCUUACUUGGCAAAAUCACGGUGACCGCCACCCCCCUCCGAAGCGUCAGGGACCCCGGCCCAAGAUAGUGUUGGAUCCUGCGCCUCAGAAGUCGGCCUGAUGCUCAAAAAAGGAAGAAGAGGAGGUUAAGUCCCGCUGUGGCCGGACCACCUUCCAAAAUGCCUCGCCCAGUUUUCCUGUCGCCCCGUUCAGUUCCAGGUGCUCGAAAAAAUGUGUUUGUUGCCUGCACAGAGCAUGUUCAAAUGCCCUGGCAGUGCACCACUGUUAUAGCGAAUAUAAUAAAAAACAAACAUACUCAAAAAGAGAGCAAAUUUCCUCUUCCACACCAUAUAUGCACCACAUUUCCUCACAGCGACUCAGUGCUAGAACCAAUCCAACCCCUUGCCAUGCGGGCCGGGGCCUGGCAGGCCAUCCCCGGAGUGUCAACGUGGGUGCUGAACACAGUAAAAUGAGGUUAUGUACUCUAAUUCGCUCAUAUGGUUCCUCUGGUACCAUAAUAAUGACCUAGAAAAUUAAGCUGUAGAAUUCAGAAUGCAAGUGCAUGUCUUCAGCAACAGUCCCUCACCAGCUGUGGCCAUGUACGGGCUCAAGAGAGUUGCCCUAGAAGGAGAGAAGGAACAUGGUUCAGAGCCAAGACAGUUCAUUGAGAGAAACUUUUAUGUUGAUGAUGCCCUGGUAUCCCUAUUUACAGAACAAGAAGCCAUCACUCUCCUUAGAAAUGCCCAACUCAUGCUAGCAGCUUCAAAUCUUCGCCUACACAAGAUACUUCAAACAAAAUUGAAGUAAUGAGAGCAUUCCCUCAAGAAGAUUUAGCAAAGAACCUAAAGGACUUAGACUUUGCUGUUGACUUUCCCCAUAUGCAGAGAAGUUUAGGGGUUAGCUGGGAUGUUUCAAAAGACAACUUCACCUUUCAGGUGUCAGAUGAUGAGAAACCAUACACAAGACGAGGAAUCUUGUCUACAGUUAACAGUCUAUUUGAUCCAUUUGGAUUUGCAGCACCUGUAAUCAUUAAAGGUAGAUCUUUGCUCAGAGAGCUCACCAUGGAGACAUGUGACUGGGAUGCUCCUCUGUCAGAGAAAAUGGUCAAUGAAUGGAAAACAUGGAAAGAUUCAUUGAAAGAACUGAAGAAAAUCUCCAGAUCAUACACGCCCACCUCCUACAGACUUAGGUCAGUGUUUGUGCCACUGAAGUUGUCUGUCACAAACUUAACACUGCAUACUUUGAGUAGUUCUCAGACUGGCAACGCAUUAUAAAUACUAUUUCAAGGCUAAAACACAUCACUCGCUCCUUCAGCAAAGACAACAAAUCAAAGGAAUGCAGAACAUGGCACGUAUGUCAUAAACCACAUUCAGCAGAAGAUCUCCAAAGUGCUAAGGAAAACAUAAUACGCUGCCUGCAACAGGAGACCUUUCAGGAUGAACUAAAGUGCCUUGAGGGAAAAACAGAUGUUUCUAAGAACAGUCCUCUCUUUAAUCUGUGCCCAUACAUAGAUGAGUCAGGCCUACUCAGGAUUGGAGACUGCUUAUCCCAAUCAGCCUUUGAGAAAGAUAAAGUCAACCCUUUAAUCUUACAGUGUAAACCCCAAUGCUCAAAAUACUUAAUUGUUUUGAGUAGGACAAACUUAAAUUUAACAUAUUAGUUCAGUUAAAUUAACUGCUAUGAGUAUUUAGAACUUUCUCUUUUUUUUGAGUUCACAGAACUGAUAUAUUUUAAGUAAACUGAACUGUUUUAUUGUUUUGAGUUGUAUGAACCAAUAAUCCAAUAAUCCAAUUUCCACCAAUAAUCGUGGAUUAUUGGUGGAAAACGAAGAAUUAGUAGCAUUAUCCAUCAUUGUGUUACCUGCCGCAAACUGAGAGUCUGAGAGGCCUGAGUAUUGAUCCCCCAUUCUCUUAUGUCGGACUGGAUGUAUUUGGACCAUGGAAAAUCACAUCACAACGAACCAGAGGAGGUCUUGCUAGCAGCAAACGCUGGGCAGUACUCUUCACUUUUAUGAGCCCAAGAGCUAUACACAUUGAGGUGAUUGAAUCACUGGACACUUCAAGCUUUAUAAAUGCUCUACGAAGAUUCCUCUCUAUUCGCGGACCAGCUAAACAGAUAAGACCUGACUGUGGUACAAACUUUGUUGGGGCAUGUAAAGAACUAAAAUUCAGUACAGACACAAGUAACAAAGAAAUACAGAAUUUCCUAAGUCACAAUGGGUGCACUUGGAGUUUUAACCCACCACACUCAUCACACAUUGGAGGCAGCUGGGAACGCAUGAUAGGCAUCACCAGGCGCAUCCUUGAUUCUAUGUUGCUGAAAAUCAGUCAAGCAAAACUCAUCCAUGAAGUCCUUAUCACAUUCAUGGCAGAGGUUUCAGCUAUUGUAAAUGCUCGUCCAUUAAUACCAGU